GACGAAUGCGUAAAGUAGGGUUUUUACGCUAAUAAUCGCCCUGAUUCGUAGCAAGGGGAAGGUCGAUACAUUUCCUACUACAUCAAAGGUAGAUCUAUGUGCGUAAAUGUAAUGGGAGAUACCUGUGUUAAAACUAGAAUCCCCUGCAUAUUUGUUGUACAUUCGAAUUUUUGCUCCUCCUACAACUUUCGUUUACAGGAUACUUCCAAAUGACUUGAGGCAGACCCCCCCCACGCCAUCACCGCCUUUUUCAGCUGCCACAUCUCUUGGACGAGCAUUGAUGGAUUUUUACUACGUGCAUAGCUUAACAUGAGCAAAUCGUGGCCACUUGUGAAAAGUAAGCUGAAGUUCCAAUUUAAUGCCCGUGAGGCUGCUUCUCGCAUACAAAUGCUGUUUUAGCAUCGCGUCAAUCCGUUCUUUUUUCAACAUCCGGGGCACAUUGUUCCGACCCUAUUUGGCAUCAAACGCAACUUAAAAUUCACUUCGGAUCCAAAAAAUGAAAAACUGAGGUACCUUUAAUGCUUUGGAAAGUUUCAUGCCGCCUCGCGGGAUACCACGCCAGGAUUUUACACUUUUUUCCUCCCUAACGGCCACAGGGGCUCAGUUGACCUACAACAGUCCCUCUCGUCCCCACUACAGGAAGAGGGUUCCCCCAUAUUCCCCGUACCCCUUUACUAAACUACAAAACUCUGAUUAAAGCCCCUAUGAAAUAUGUUACCGCACGUAAGUACUCGUAUUUAAGAAACAAAAUAUGAUUGAUAGACGCUAUAUAUGGGUGAAGUUAUAUUCAAUUUGAAUUUAUUAUCGUCGCUAUUUUGCUUUGUGCACAAAUAGAUGAUCAACCCUUAGAUGUUGUUUUAUUGUCCCUGUGUUAGUGUAGAUGGAGGGUUUUUUACUCCCAUAUAUUUUGAAAAAUUUUACAACCCCGUCAUACUUCUGCUUCUCUUAGAUACUAUAAAUAGGGUACUAGUUUGCUGACCAGACUGAUUCUCUCAGUGUGUACGCUAAGUGCUAUUUUCCAAUGAGGAACUGACAGCUCUACGAACAAACUCCUCCUUUUAUUCCUUUUCUUUCUAUUGUACUUUUCCAUAUGAAAUAUCAUCUUGUGCAUGCACAAAACAGGAAAUUUGCCAAACAAGAGCAAAGAGAAUACUAGAAAAUAUUAUUUUUAGCAUAUGAGUGUGGGGGUCUUUUCGUUUUUGAAAGGCGUUCGAUACAGCUGCCUUGGUGUUUAUCCUCAGAAAACAGCACUGAUGCGCAGCAUUUGUCUUGCACCUACCAUGUAUUUGAUAUCCCAUUGUGCUAUAUAUAAUUCAAAGGCGUUUCUUUACGCAAAUGCCAAAUGGGGCACGACCAACGAAGGCAAUAAAGUACCCAUACACAAUCCUGAGAGCUCACUUCUAAAGAAAAUUACAACCGAGAAUGAUAUUCCUAGUGCCUCCGAUGUGGAAAAAGACCUGCCUUCGGUUAUACAGUUGGAGAUGGAACUACCUUCCUCAGAAGAAGUGCAUCACGCGGUGGAGGAAGGCCUAGCUGAUGAAUAUAUGCUAAAGGAUCCCAAAGAGGAUGACGAGUAAGUGCCCAAGGAGGAGGAAAUUAUACAAAAUACCCUAUCCUUUUUCCCCAUUCUAUACAUGCACAAGCGUUCGUUUUUUUAAAAAUCAUAUAUCCUUUUCUAUUCACAAAAUCACUUUUUGCUGAAUUUAAAGCAUUAGUGGCAGGAAAAUGCCAAAUUUCCAAUUCAGAUUUAAUUACUACAAUAUAACCCUGUUUCUAUCACUUUUUCCCCUCAAAAUCUUGACGAAUUAAACAUUUUUUUGUGCUUUAUUUCAUGCUUUUUCUCUACUUUUUGCAUUUUUCCUCUUUUCUCCUUAAAGAUGCCAGAUGGUAAAGAGCAGACGAAACGAAUCAAAGGGCCUUUCAGCGGCUUGUGCUAACUUGCAUUGCAUCUUAUAUGUGUUAAUGGGUUGAAAUAUUUCCUCCCCUUGAAUCGGAAAUGAAAUUGUCUGAGGGAAUUUUCGCGCUUUUUCUAUUUCUUAAUUUCUACCCUAUGUGCAACAGAAUGGAGCACUUUCAGCGCAAAGAAAAUACAGAACCUUAAAUUCAGUAAAAAAAAUUGCUCCAAUAAAGGUAACAUGCGAGUAGGAUGAACAAAAUCUCUAAUGUCCAGCCUGUAUGGCCUUUCAAGUGUAAGGCUUGUCCUCUUUCGCAUUUCGGUUCGAAAACUCCCCUUUCGGGGGAGUCUAGGAUGAAGCAGGAUGUUCCACGUUGGGCUCCGUAUCAUCAUCGCGGUUGCCGCACGUCAGCUCAGAAAGCUUGGUCUACCUCAUUUCCAAAACAGAAAUCUUUUUGCUUUGAUAAAGACAUUCGCAAGAAAGCCCAUAUGUUCUCUUCGAUGCGCACCGUGGUUUCUCAUCAUCAAACCAUGACAGUGACCCCCGCCACGAUAGUGGCUGAGUUUUUAAAGCUUUUCCCUCCACGGGAUGUGCAUCAGGUUGAUCGUAGCAGAGUUGUUAUCAGGCCUGAGAUGCAAGAUGCAACUCGAAAUACUUACCGUAGGAACACCGAUACGAUGAUGGGUUUGCAUUCUCCUUUAAUUAACCGGCGAGGCCCCAAGGACGACUCCUUUAAAAGCGAGGAAGGGGACAUGAAUUCUGGUCUUUUUUUCGUUCCCUCUGGAGGGAAAUAUUUCAAGGAUGACGAAAAUAGACCUCAGGAGGGGAUCCAUAGGCCCAAAUCGAUGCCGCUUUCCUCUCGUUGUUCCUCUGAAGUGUCAUUUGAUUGGGAUAAACUUUUUCUAAUCCGCGUCGCGGCUGUGGAGGCUGGUGUACCUCAUUCUUCUGCUCUACCACCAGAUCCAGAGGAGUCUAAAGCACGUUUUCCACUUCUCACCAGUGACAUGCUAAACGAGAAGGAGAACAAUAUACACGCAGAGGGUGACUCAUCUACCCUGAGUAGGAUAUCAGCUAAGUGUGACUGUGGCCGUAAGCGGGAAAUAUCUGAUGCACCAUUGCGUUCGUCGCGUGCAUCGGAGUCGCAUGACGUCGUGCAUAGCGGCAAGGAACGACUCUGGCUCCGCAUGAUUGAUACCUUUCUAGGCAAACGUAAUUUGAGUGAGAUUCGGCAUGCUGAAUGUGGUGAUUCUCAUUCUCAUGCUGAAAUACAAUCGUGUUUAUGGGCCACGUCCGCCGUUUACUAUCUGUAUUAUCAUGAGGAGGGGAAAUCGAACUACAAGGCGGUAGGCCGUUUCUACGCGAUCCCAGGACUCCCUCAGCCACCGAUCAAUUUACGCUAUGAGUGGCCGAAAGGUGAAGCAACAGGGAUCGCCUCAAUGCGAUCGGUGAAAUGCAGUCGUUAUAAUAUCACCUCAACGGGUCUCUGUUCUAGCGUUAAUGGGGUAGGCAUGGCGGGGCGAAACCGUGGCGCGGUGCGUGAAGAACGCAACGAUUGUGGAGAUCACAAGAGGAAAAAUCCAGAUCAACGCGUCGUGGCAGAUGACGUGGGAGACGGCGAGCCGUUGCCGUUCUCCUUUGCCACCUCUAUGGCUUCGUCUAAGGUGCGGCGGUGGAGCAGGGCGGCGGCGACUGUGAUGACCUUGAACGAGUACAUCGCGUUUAUUUGCCCUUCCUACUGCGCUCCAACGCAUGAUACCAAGGACGCCGGGCCGAAUAGUUUGCCACAAGAUUUUUCCUCAGCAUCGACGGAAUCCGCGUUUGCAUCGUGCUCGAGCAGGUUAAAAAAUCAGUCAGCUGACUCCUCUGACGAGAACGACAGCUGGAUGUCUGGCAUGAGCGGUGUUCGAGACGCCCCUUGCCUGGAGCCGGAGGGGUGUGAGAAAAACGCCACAAAGGGCAGCCAUGAAAGCGCCAAACGGAAGCAAACUCCACCCCCUAAAGACGAUCCUUCCGCUGCCAUCAAUCUCCAUCCCUAUCCUUCGCAUUUUAAUCCGGAGACUGACGCGUCUUUGUUUUUGUUCGCGCGACCGCAAAGCUACGCGGAUCAGCGCACGCCUCGCGGGAGAACCGGUGGGUACCUUCAUGCUUGUAAGGGUGAUGGCGGAGGUGGGGUGAUGAACUGGUGGUGCGUGCCCUUUGAUGCCCACCUGCGCAGGAUUCUUCCCUUCGUCGGACGCGAUGAGGCGGAAGUGGGAAACCCAACCGGAGACGGCGUUGCAGCCGUGCUCCCCUCAAAGAUAACGGAUCGGCGGGUGGAGGGACCCUCAAAGGAUAAAAAUUACCCCGCCCAAUUAGCGUGGGAGGGGGCGAGGCGGUCGUGGAUCGUGAAUCGCUCCGUUGGGGUUCUUUUGUUGUUAGCUGAGGAGUGUAUCUAUUAUGAAAUGCUACUUCAUGUGCAUAACCCCUUUCUGAAUGCCUCUGGGCCGAGCGACCCGAUGGACGAGGCCCAAACGCGAUGGCGAGUAUCGCAAAGGGAGAGGAGCUUCAUGGCCUCUCAUCAGCUUUCCUUCCCGCAGCUUCCCUUGUUCUGUACUCGAGCGGAGGAUAGUUUCGCCUGGGAAUCGCAGCAGGGGCUGGUGGGGGAGGCCGUGCCGGCAGCAUCCACAGCGAUAACCUUCGGACACGUCGUGCACCGCAUCGAGCUGCCCUUUGCCGCUUUAGAGGAGGAGAAGGGAAUGAAAGGGGGCCACAGCGAUGCCGCUAUUUUGAAUUCAGAACAGGAAGCGGGUCUCGCUGCCGAGAAACAGCGUGUUUUCACCAUUCACGACAGGAAUCGGUCCGACGGGAAAGAUAGCGCCGCGAAGGAGCAACCCCACGUGCCUUACCGUUGCCCUCCAAACACGGUUUUAGUUUACGAGGCUUGGAACGCUUACGCGACAAGUACUUCGCUCCUCCGCUUUGGAGACAAAGGGGCCGAUAAUCUGGGGAUGGAAUCGCAAAGAGAGUGCCAUCCUACGAAUCGGACGUCGUCUAGCGAGGCGACGUUUGGAUAUCAGGCCGCGGCGGUUCGAUCAGAAUUAGCGUUACAUCGGUUCCUCCUAAGCGCGUACUUGGGCACCGGGAGACCUUUAGGAAGGGUCCGAGCGGACGACGGAAUGAAAAGGAGACAUCCUCUUCCCGCCCAUGAGAUAGGUACGCGACGAGACGAGGACAACGUGCUCGAAACUAAUGAACGAAAAGACCAUCUGAAGGUUACACAUUGCGAACGCAACCCCGUAUUUGCCACAAACACUGCUUUUCCAAUGACACCUUUUGUAGCAUUUUCGCCGUUACCACCAGCGCAGUACCUCUUGAAAAACCCCGCAUGGUUUGCAAAACCUUUUGUUUUAGCUGAGGAGAUGCGCUAUGGUCUCUUAAUCAAAUACAAUAAAUGA